AUGUCUACACCGGUUACUGGAGGGCUGUCUAAGCCAACUACGCAACGAGCCUUUAGUGAUGACCUUCGUGACCUCGGGUCGUCGGUUGCACUGCUUGCUGGGAGUACUUCCAGAAAUAGGUCAACAAGUGUACAACGCAGAAAGUCAAAACCCACAUUGAAAAAGGCUGGCAGUAUUAGUCAUCCCAAGUUGAUAUAUUCAGUCGAUGAUGAUAUCAGUGAGCAAGUGAAUGAGAAUGGAGAAGGAGACAAUGAAGAUGACCAAGAAUCCACAAUUCGAAAUGACAAGGAUUAUCUUGAAGGGUACCAUGAUGCAUUGAGAGCUUUCCACCAGAGGAAGAGCAGUAAAAGCCCAAUGAGACUGUAUCAGGAUUUUUCAGAAAGAACCCCAUUGCGUACCCCUGCUGAAUUAGCAGAUAUAGAGUCGGUAAUUGCCAAAGAUUUACAUGAAGCGGAGCAAAACAUCAAACGAUUGAAAGCAACAGACCCCAAACGAUUUGGUAGUGUGGAUAAGUUGGACUUUAUAGAAGACCACCAAGGUGAUGAAGAAGCUGAAGAUGGUGAAGAUGCGGAUGAUUAUGGGUCGAUUCAUUCCAACUCGUCUGCUGAGUCUUUGAAUUUGAAAGAUCGACAACAUGCCAUUAAUGAGACACACCCUUUUGGUAUAAAAAUUUGGAAACCUUCCUUGUACAAAAAGAAAAGAUCCGUUGCGGCAAGGGCGGAUGAGGAUAUCCACGAUUUUGAUCCAAGGCGUCCAACUUCGUCCAGAAUCUUUUGGGGUGUGAGACUUACUAAUAUCAUGUGGAGCUUGACAGCUGGUUUGUUGAUCUACGUUGCUUGUCUAAUUGGUGCAGCUUUUGUUUUUGUGUUUUCUGGAUUUGCUAUCAGCUCUGGCCUGAGAUUGUAUGUGAGAGCGUUUUUAAGGUUGGGGAGAUAUUGGCUUUACCCGUUUGGAAAAUUUGUUCUCUUAAAUAAGGAGAAAAAUUACAUGGAUGAGGACCAGUUGGAAGGGAGAACUCUCAAUGAGUUUCAUCAGUGGAGAUUACAAGAGGAAGGGCGACUAUUUUUUGCUCCUCCAAGGCGAUACACAGGGUCAGCAGAAGAGUCAGCUCCCUUGAUGAAAGACCACAAGGGAAGGCCCUUGAGAGACGCGUACAAUUCAUUGGCCACGGACAGCGAGCGAAGUGAACAAGUGCACGAGGGAGACGCAGACGAAAAUGAAGAAAGCAACGAUAUCAAGGUGAGGUUCUUUGGCCGAGGUGAUUGGACCGCGGGACGUAUUGCAUUUUACUUGUACUUUUACUUGAUAGUGCAACCUAUAUCCUAUUUCUUUGGUGCUCUAAGUUGGUUGAUUGUUUUCACUAUUCCCAUGGCUAAUAUAACUUCAACAUUAAACGACCAUGUUAGACGCCAUCCAUUGGCGUUGGACUUUGAGAUGGAAAAGGAAUAUUACAAAAGAAGAGAAAAGAACCCGUCAUUGAAAAAGAAGAAGCAGGUGAUCUUGUUGUGUACUUAUAGGUGUUGUGGUUGGCAUUACUACAAAUACACUAUUGAUGGCACAAACAUCUUUUUCAUCAAUUUACUUUCCAUGGUUUUAUUUGUCAUUGUGGAUUUCUACUUUUUAAAAGAGUCAUUGCAUUGGAAAUCUUUCUUGACUGAUGCAAACGUAAUUUUCUGUUUGUGUUUAUUCUCGAUUAUUCCUUUGGCGUACUUUAUUGGACAAGCUGUUGCGUCCAUUUCAGCGCAGUCUUCAAUGGGUGUUGGUGCUGUUAUUAAUGCAUUCUUUUCCACCAUUGUCGAAAUCUUUCUAUAUUGUGUCGCGUUGAAUCAAUCGAAAGGGAAAUUGGUGGAGGGUUCCAUGAUUGGAUCGAUACUUGGUGGUGUUUUGCUUCUUCCCGGAUUGUCCAUGUGUGGUGGGGCAUUGAAGCGGAAAACUCAGAGAUACAAUCCACGCUCCGCUGGUGUUUCUUCCACCAUGUUGCUAUUCGCAAUGGUCACGAUGUUUGCUCCAUCAUUGUUUUAUCAAAUUUAUGGUUCGUAUGAGAUCAAAUGUAGUGGAUGUGAUGAAGGAAAGGGCGUGGAUGACUGUACAACGUGUCGGUUUACCCAACCAUCUUUCUCAUUAGACCCCUUGUAUUACAAGGUCAUCAAGCCAUUUUCAUUGACAGUGGCUAUUGCAUUGUUUGCAGCUUACGUAUGUGGGUUGUUUUUUACUUUGAGGACCCAUGCUUCGUUAAUUUGGGCAACAAACUCACAUGAAGCUGUAAAGAGAGAGGAGCAUCAAAAAGCGCCCAGUAUUGCUGACGCUCCCGUGCAGCAGCGGCAACAGCAACAGCUGUCGCAACAGAGGUUGGCGAUUGCUCCUACAAGAAGUUUGGGCAGACGAUCUGUUGAUAGUAUAAUAUCUGCAUCAGAGACAGAAAUAAACAAAGAAGGGAAGGAAGAUGCAGGUGAGAAUGGAGGUCACGACGCACCCAACUGGUCAAAAAAGAAAUCAACAAUAAUUUUGUUAGGGGCGACUAUCUUGUAUGCUAUUAUUGCUGAAAUUCUUGUCGAUAAUGUGGACUCCAUUCUUGCCGAUUUCCCAAUUGAUCCCAAAUUCUUGGGGUUGACCAUUUUUGCACUAGUGCCAAACACGACCGAGUUUUUGAAUGCCAUUUCGUUUGCCAUUGGUGGUAACGUUGCAUUGUCGAUGGAGAUUGGAAGUGCUUACGCAUUACAAGUUGUUCUAAUUCAAAUCCCCAGUUUAGUUGUUUAUUCUGUUUUGAAGGAUUUUGUCAAUGUCGAGCAGAUAUUCUCGUUAGUGUUCCCACGUUGGGAUAUCAUUGCAACGUUGAUAUCUAUUUAUUUAUUUACCUACAUCUACGCCGAAGGGAAAUCAAAUUACUUCAAGGGGGUCAUUUUGAUUUUGAUUUACCUAGUGGUAAUGAUUGGAUUUUGGUUUAAUGGAAUCAUCGAGGAGUUGGAUGGUACUUUAGGAGAUUAUAAGGUGUUAAUCGGUGGUUGA